AUGGCAGCAAGUAAUGUUAAGGUUCUAGGUAUACAGGCAAGUCCAGUUGUGAUUAGAGUUCUAAUUGCUCUCAAUGUUAAGUCUGUGGCCUAUGAGUUUAUUCAAGAGGAUAUGUCCAAUAAAAGUGAACUUCUCCUUAAAUCCAAUCCUGUUCAUAAGAAAAUCCCAGUCCUCAUUCACGGCGACAAGCCUAUCUCUGAGUCCCUAGUCAUCGUCCAAUACAUCGACGAGACGUGGACUAAUGGCCCCUCCAUUCUCCCUUCCAAUCCCCAUGACCGCGCCAUUGCCAGGUUUUGGGCUGCCUACAUUGAUGAAAAGUGGUUUCCUUUGAUGUCGGAGCUCGGAAAAGCACAAGGAGAUGAAGCAAAGGAAGAAGUGAAAGAGAAACUAAAAGAAGCACUGAUGCCUUUAGAAGAAGCAUUUGUUAAGUGUAGCAAAGGGAAAGCUUUCUUUGGUGGAGACAAUAUUGGUUAUUUAGACAUUGCUUUGGGUUGCAUUUUGGGAUGGAUAAAGACAAUAAGGUUGAUUUUAGGAGUGGAAAUAUUCGAUGUAGCGAAGACCCCUGGCUUGGUUGGAUGGGCUGAUAGGUUCUUGGCAGAGAAAACUGUUAAGGAUGCCAUUCUGGGACCAGAGAAACUUUUUGAAAUCGCCAGGUUACGUCUGGCCAGAAGAGACGCUGCUAACGCAAACUAA